CGAAUUCUGACAUUCCCAUGAUUCGCGGGGGCUAAAAGCUCUCCCCUCCCUUCCCUCAACAUUUUACCGCCAAAUCCACAUUUCAGAAAGCUCAGCUGCCCUAGUUCCCUAAUCCCACCCCGGAAAACCUCCAUUCCCUCUGAAACCGGACGCCAUGGAAACCAGAGCUCGGCCGCAACCAAUGCGACUCGUCGGAUUCAUCGGCGGUCGAACUAUCCUUGUGUCGGUGGCUUCCGAAUCCGCCCUGAACCUCAUAAGCACAUCUAUUGUAGGUGAACUCGGCCUCGAAGUCGAUCGGAAUCUCUCCCUUUCUUUUCCGCUUGCAAACGGCACGGCGGCGAGAACCGACGACGUCGUAUCGAAUCUGCGGGUGGAGAUUGAAGUAUACGAGUACGUUUCGGACUUUCACGUUUCUCCGCUGCCGGAUUGCGACGUGGUGUUCGGGGCCGAUUGGCUCGAGUCUCUAGGCGCUGUUGUUUGGAAUUUUAGGGAGAAGUGGAUGAAAUUUACGGUGGAUGGAAUUAAGCACACGUUGGUUGGAGUUGGAGCGUUAGAAAGAAUUUGGUCAAUAUCGAGGAUGCCUGUCUGCGAAGAUAAAAGUCACGAGGAAUUUAGAUGGGAAGAUUAUCAGUUGGGGAAUAGAGGAGGUGAAGCGAGUACAUUGCAGUCAAUGUCGAGCAUGCUGGUUUCUGAAGAUAAAAGUCACGAGGAACUUAGAUGGGAAUAUUACCAGUUCAGGAAUAUAAGUUGCUUCAGUGGUUCAGCAGGCAUUCUUGGUCAGAAUCAUUUGGGACGGUUCUCUGCAGGGACUCAGAUGUCAAUCCAUCGUGGUGGAGCAGCACCGUGGAUUCAAUAUGGACUUUCGACCAUGCCUCUGAUGUGAAAAAUCGUAUGUUGUUUUGUUUAAUCUGAAAUGUUGUUGUACUUGACUGGUAGAAGCUAUUAGGGAGAGAGAUUUCGAAUCCAAUGAUUUAGAUUAGGUAGUAUCAAAGUUAAGUUUCUUGAUUCGACUACGAAACAUACUUAGACUUGAGUUAGAAGAAAAGAAACACAUGAAUUUUCAAAUGAUUAUGUAGCUAUUUCAAUUCUAAUCUCACCCUCUCUAGUUACUUGAGCAGUAUUUGAGCGUAAAAUUUUUAGCGUGUUUAC